AUGGGUAUGUGUUAUUCCACGAUUGGUGCCAAAAAAGGCCGGGAUCAAGGUAGAAACUUGCAUUUGAAGUCGAAGAAGAGUAGCUCCUGUGUCUUCAGCAAGUUGACUGGAGAUGGCGGUGGUGGCGCUGCUGCAGCUUCAGUGGCGGUGGUUGAGGAGACUCAAAUUCCGGGGAGGCUUUUUGCAAAUGGAACGAGCCGCAUCGCUAGCUUGUACACUCAGCAAGGCCAGAAAGGAACAAAUCAAGACUCCAUGAUCGUCUGGGAGAAUUUCUGUACGAGAAGCGAUAUGAAUGCAACUUUUUGCGGGGUGUUUGAUGGUCAUGGUCCUUACGGUCACAUGGUUUCUAGGAAAGUUCGGGAUGCUCUUCCACUUUUGUUGCGUGCAGAGUGGGAAGCUAAACUCAAUAUCCAUCAAAAUUCUGGCCAUGAGAAUGGAGAUGCUGAGCGAAAGAGUCAUUUUGACAAUUCUGUGGAUGAUGAUCGAGGUGCUAAACUCAAUAGCCAUAGAAAUUCUGUCCAUGAGAAUGGAGAUACUGAUGGAAUGAGUCAUUUUGACAAUUUUGUGGAUGAUGAUCGAGGUGUUGAACUCAAUGGCCAUCAAAAUUCUGUCCACGAGAAUGGAGAUGCUAAGGGAAUGAGUCAUUUUUCCAAUUUUGUGGAUGGUGAUGGGGGUGCUAAAGUCAAUAGCCAUCGAAUUUCUGUCCACGAGAAUGGAGAUGCUGAGGGAAUGAGUCAUUUUGACAAUUCUGUGAAUGAUGAUGGGGGUGACUCAGUGGAAGUUGAGGAGAAAGACGAAUUUCCCGAGAUGCAUAUGCCACUCAAGAAAUCAAUAUUAAAGGCAUUCAAGUUAAUGGAUAAAGAACUGAAGUUGCAUGAUACAAUUAAUAGUUUCUGUAGUGGUACAACUGCUGUUGGGGGGGGGGGGGGGGAGCAGAACUCGCAACAAGCGACGAUGGCUCAGGGUCAGGAUCUCAUAAUUGGAAACAUCGGCGACUCCAGAGCAGUACUGGCAACAAGAGACGAUGGCAAUGCUUUGAUGGCAGUACAGUUGACUGUGGACUUGAAACCUAAUCUUCCAAGAGAAGCUGCUCGGAUCCGGAAAUUUAAAGGAAGAGUUUUUGCGUUGAAAGAUGAGCCGGAAGUUACACGUGUAUGGUUGCCAACUAGCAAUUCACCUGGUUUGGCAAUGGCCAGAGCCUUUGGGGACUUUUGUUUGAAGGAUUUUGGUUUAAUUUCUAUCCCAGAUGUCUAUUACCACCACAUCAAUGAGAGAGAUGAGUUUGUCAUCCUUGCCACUGAUGGGGUCUGGGAUGUCCUCUCCAAUAAGGAAGCUGUGGACAUUGUGGCAUCUGCUCCUGACAGUGGAACAGCCACGCGGGCUCUUGUCAAUUGCGCUACUAGAGCAUGGAAGUUCAAGUACCCGGCAUCCAAGAAUGAUGACUGUGCCGCUAUAUGUAUUUUCCUCAAACAUGUAUAUUCAAUUGAUGUGUUAGAAGCACAAAAUGGUGCCACCAAGGCCCACGAAGAGGACAUGAAGAAGAUACUUGUCCCUACACCAGGGGGCAUGGAGAUCUCAAAUGAAGCUCUUGCCGACAUCAUUGUACAUUCAUGUACUAAUACCAACGAGUCAAGUAUGAUAUUGCCUGUAACUGAUGUGGCUGAAGCACAAAAUGAUGUCACCAAUGCCGACAAAGAGGAAACGAAGAAGGUCCUUUCCUCUAGGGAAGAAGAUAUGGGGAUCUCAGAUGAAGCGCGUGCUACUGCAGUUGUACAUUCAGUUAUUACCAAAGAGUCCAGUGAGAUAGUGCCUGUUGUUGAUGAAGUGGAGGAGAAGCCACCGGGUUGGUCUCUUAGCCAGUUUAAGAGGAGUCUAGCUGAGUGCCUUUCGACUGCAGAUGAUGAAUGGUCAGCACUUGAAGGUAUUGCCCGGGUUAAUAGUCUACUUAGUCUUCCAAGAUUGUCUUCUAAAACAUGA